CAUGAGAGUAAGAUUCAAGGAUGAGAAUUCUAACAAUUGGAUAUAUAUACUCCCAAUAACACUAGUGCCACCAACAACCACUUGACAUGUCCAAACGUUUACAAUCGAACCACAAUAGCGCCUUUCCUCUGGUCAUCCUUGAAACCCCCCACCGACGCAGCAUUCACCAUAAUUAUACCGUCUUCUCCAUUUCCUUUCCAAAGCCAUCCUACCAUCCUCCACCAGACUAACCUAAUCAAACCACUCCAUCCAGCUCGCCCAGCACACACAUCUUCAUAAGCCUUCUGCGCAUUAUCCCAUUUCACAAACUCCACACCUCUCCCAGCAUGAAUAUGACCAAACACAUGUAACCGUGGUCGAACGCGCCACAAUGCAGUCAAGAGCGCGUAGCACCCGGCUCUGUCGAGGUCAAGAUGAGCUAAUGGUGGACCAUGGGUGACUAAGAUGUCAGUGAGAGAAGGAAUACGAGACCAGAUUCGGUUUGAUUCGGACGUGGGGGGUUCAGAGGCAGAAGACCAUGCAUUAUGGACACGAGGGUAUUGGAAUACCCAAGAGCCGUGUUUGGGGGUGUAAGGACUGCCAUAGAUACGCAGGGUUCGCCCGCGUAUGCUAACUUGUGCUGAACUCUCCUGGAGAUAUGUGAGGGCCGGGUAUGCCGAGGAGAUACGCUGGUGUGUUUCGGGAUCAGCAAGACAGGAGUCGUGGUUCCCGGCUAUGAAGAAUUUGUGAGGAUGUGGUUGAGAGUUGAGCCAGGAUAAAACGCUGUCGAGUUCGUGUUGGGUGCCGGAUACAGUAAGAUCCCCAGCAUGAAUUAGGAUAUCGCCGUCUGGGAGAGUGGGUUGGUCAUGAUGAGAGUUGUGGGUAUCUGAUAUGCAAACGAUGUGGACUUUUUCAAGGCGUUGAGACUCGGAUGAAUUGGAGGGACUAUAAAAUAGUCGAUUGAGGAAGAGGAGAGGAGAGGACUGGAAUCUUUCCCAUACAGAAGGAGGUCGUCGGUUGAAAAGUGCGUCCAUGGGCGGUCCGGUCAUCCGGUACCAACUCAACCAGAGCUAGCACUUCUUCAAAGUUCAAUGUGCAUACUUACUCGGAUCGCAAGCAACUUACACUUCAAAGCUUCACAUGCUCAGGGACGGACCACUCAACCCUCUUCGGUGUAUUCCCAUGCUGGCUACGUCCAGCAGCACUGUUUCCAUCGUCGGUACGUUUUUCGGGCUUAAGGCGCAUCGGGGACUGGAGAAUCCGACAUUCCCCUGUCCUUGAUGAGGCGGUAUAAACUUGGCAUGGAGAAGACCCUUCGUUCUCGCUCGGCUCUCCCUAAAAAUGGGUUCACAACGACUACGCCUGGACAGAAACUGUUUGAAAAGACAAAUCCCGCCACCUCGACCAAUUUUCCAAGUACUUCUCACUCUAACGUGGGCUCAAUGGGCACAGUUCCUCGUCGGCUGGUUUUCGUGGUUCUGUGAUUGUUUUGACACCGUCGUUCUUCCACUGAGUGUCAUUGGUCUUACUCAGACAUUCGGAAAGUCAACCCAAGAGAUAACUUUAGCAAUCACACUCUCUCAGAUCCUACGUCCGGUCGGUGCUCUAGUCGCUGGAAUAUUAUCAGACCGGUUUGGACGAAAGUGGCCGAUGUUCUUUGUCCUCAUUUUUGUCGGAAUUGUUCAAAUUGCCGCCGGAUUCAUCGACAAUUUCAAUCACUUCCUUGUUCUCCGUGCCGUUUAUGGUAUAGGCCUAGGCGGCGUAUGGUCCAUAGCUCACUCCACAGCCCUUGAGAAUCUUCCAGUCGAAUUGCGAGGUGUAGCUGGGGCUAUCAUCACGCAGGCGAAUGGGGUUUCGUUUAUCGUCGGAGCUGUGAUCAGUAUGACUAUGGUCCAGCGGGUCGCAGUCGGGUGGAGAGUACUGUUUUGGAUUUCAGGAGGUUCAACACUCCUUGCAGCGGGGACCAGGCUGCUAGUACCGGAGAGUGACGUGUUUCUGGCCGCUCAAGACAGAGAGAGAAAGGUCAUCCGAGGAGAUGGUAAGGCGACGUCCCAAUGGACUAAGACGGGCAUAUUUCUGAAGCAAAUGCGGAGGAUGCUCGAGGUACACUGGGUUUCGUUGAUAUAUUCAUCUCUUCUUGUAAUGGCUCUAAAGUUUUUAUAUCACGGGUCUCAGGAUCUAUACCCCACUUUUCUUCAAGAAACCAAGAAGUUCACACCAAGAGAUGCUGACAUUGCGACUAUCAUUGCUAAUUGUGGAGCAAUAUCUGGGGGAAGUCUCUCUGGAUUGAUAUCACAGUUUGUUGGAAGACGCUUGACGAUGAUAAUGUGUAUCAUCCUUGCUGCAGCCUUCAUUCCCUUAUGCGUCUUACCUUCCUCGUUUGCUGCAUUGGCAGCCGGCGCCUUUUUCGUUCAAGCAGGCGCACUAGGGGCAUUGGGCGUGGUUCCGGUAUUCCUUUCAGAAAUCUCCCCUCCAGCGUUCCGCGCUACCUUCGGUGGAUUAGUGUAUAACGUAGCUAAUGCGAUUGCGGGCACAAGUGCGCCUAUAGAAACCGCGGCCGGCAAAUUCAAGAUUAAAGGAAACGAAGCAAAGGUCCUACCCAAUUAUACAACCGUUCAGGGACUUUUUAUCGGCAUUUCUGCUGCGUGCUCUCUUUUGUUCGUUCUUUUUAGCCCGGAGAACCACGGUUCGCACUUUGAAAAUCACAAAGUCGCGUAUGAAGAAGACGAUGAGGCUAACGCUAUGGAUGUUCAAUCGUGUAAAACAGGCGAGCGAGAAAGUAGAAGCGAUCCCAUAAAGUCGGAGGUCGUCGACUGAGAUGCAUCGAUCGGCCGCUUACUACGGGAACCCACCUCCUGCCAUUCUCAGUCACCUCUUGCGGCCAGCAUCCUGCGACAUUUGAUUUAUUUGCAGGGAAGAUAAGAUUUUUUGUACACAUACCAGAGCCCUCGUACUACAUCCAGUUUGAAUUCACGUACCCAGACCCCGUUC